AUAUAAAUGUGUAUAUUUGAGCUGUAAGAAGAGUUCUGUGCAGCCAAGGCAAUCCGAAUCCAAUAGCCCGCCAUUCAUCAUGGCGGUUGUUGUGGUCCCGAACGUCCCGAAUUAGUGUGUCGGCGGUGUUGACGCUCCAUGUGCUCACUUUAAUUACUCCACGCUGGCUUCUUCGAGCUUCUCAACUCGUCACUUCGCAACGAACCUUCGCCGGAUUUUGUGCAGUGAGCUUACGACGGUUCCGUAGGCGCCCUCCGACACAUUUGUGCCGUGCCGUCCCUCGAGGUGUCCCGACACACACAAAACAAACACGGCGUGACGACGGCCGUUUCGUCAACAACCACUCCCUCCCAGGCGCCGGCAAACGGCUCGUCGACGGCCGUCUCCUCCACAUGGCGCUCAGACUGUGGUCGCGGCGUGGUGGCCUGCCGCUGCGGACGCAACUACGGCGCGUCCCCGCCCCGGCCCGCGCCGACACAGCGAGCGUUGGGAUCACCGCAGCUGCGCUCGAUGUGGCGCCUUGUCUGUCGCCGGCGACGAACUGUGUGUGGCGCGUGUCGUGCAUCUCGACGGGUGCCGGAGGCGGCGGGGAUCGCGGCGCCGAGGAGCCGGUGGCGACAAGGCCCGACUUUCUGCGGACCCGGACGCGCGUUCAGCGCACUCGCGAGUCGCUGGCGAAGACCGGGCGCUCGCUGCGAGCCACGCGCGAGAAAGUCACCGAGAACGUCGAGCAGACCAAGCGGAUCGUGACCGAGCGCAUGGGGCAUCUGCGCGAGAACGUCAUGACCAUACCUAACGCCCUCUCACUGGCGCGGCUCUGCUCCAGCCCCGUCCUCGGCUACUUGGUGGUGACCGAGGGCUACACUUCUGCCCUCGUCCUUUUCGCUGCAGCAGGAGUCACUGACGUGCUGGAUGGCUGGGUGGCAAGGUCGUUCCCCUCUCAGCAGAGCAUGCUGGGCACGGUGGUGGACCCCCUGGCUGACAAGUGCCUGGUUGCCACCCUCUUCCUCAGCCUCACCGUGGCGGGACUCAUCCCAGUUCCCUUGACCGCACUCAUCGUGACCCGAGAUAUCACCCUCGUGGGCUGCGCAGGCUACCUCCGGUUUGCCUCCCUUCCUGCACCUAAAACAUUUUUGAGGUACUUCGAUGUUAGCUUGGCAACCGUCAAGUUCUCUCCCACCAGCAUCAGCAAGGCCAACACUGCUGUGCAGCUGGGACUUGUGGCAGCCACGCUAGCUGCCCCCGUGUUUGGCUUUGUGGAUCACAGUGCCCUGCAUGCCUUCUGGUACCUGACAGCGAGCACGACAGUGCUGUCAGGUUUAACAUACCUGUUUACAAAGGACGCUUACCAAUUCAUCAGGAAGGACAAGUCAUAGCUGUCUGGAGGAUUGGCUGAUACACAAGUGCUACGUUAUGGGAUGAGCAUCAGCCGAGCUAGUUCUUUACUGAAUCUUGUUGAACAGCUAGUGCCCCUCCUUUUUCUUUUUUUGUUAAAGUUGAACUGUUUUAUUGUUUCAAGGCAGGUGAGAGAAUUGUUUCUGUUGCAAUUAAAAAUGUAUUCUUGUUAGUAUGUAUGUUUGGCAGACCGUGGAAGAUAUGCAGAUUCUUGAAAGAUGGAGUUAUGCUUUUAGUUCUGUUUGUUUACGGAUGCCAAUAAUUUAGUAUCAAUAUGACAGAUGGACGUCAUGCAAAAGCAUGUUACAUUUCAGCAAAUUCGAUGCCAUUAAGCUACCUUGCUGGGGCUUGAUGACAAUGACUUGGCUCCGUCACAACGAUGGUAAUCACAUUCUGUCAUUGAUACAUGACAUAUGCUGACGUUAUACAGCCGCCAUGCCAUACACCUGUCACGAGAGAGCAGUGGCCUUAUAUGACCGGCACAUCUUUGACACUGCCGUGGAGGCCAUGGGGUGAGGUGUCUAAAAUGACAUAUGCGACGUGACGUGCUAGUCACCUGUUGUAUUGGUGCGGAAAUGCAAAAGCAAGCUGCUGUUAUGAGACAGUAUCUUGCACUGGUGUUGACAGUGGUGAUUUAGUCAGGGAUGCAGAUGAUUGAUAGCUGUGUUGCGUCGAUUGCACAGAUAUGUUAAGAUGUGUAUGGUUAAUGAUUGAUGAUGUGUGCUAUAGUGGUUGACAGUUUUAAGGGAGGGUGCAUUGCUUUUAUCAGGUGAAACCAGGCAGAGGCCUCUCCACCACCACAAGCCAUGCCACAGAGCUUGUCGAAAUUUGGUGCCACUGGAAGAAUGAUAUCUAUUGUAUGUUGCGUUAAUGGGGCGACCAGUACACUAGGUUUGUCAAGGAGUGCAUUUAUUGUUGCCAGCAGAUUAGCAUUCAGGGUGGUGCUUUGUAGAUGCUGAGGCAUCAAAUCAAACACUUCCUCUGAACCUUGUUUUAUACAUGCUGUAUGGCCUGAUAACCCUCUGUUCCAAGGUGGGUGCUGAAGAUGGCCAGCACCACAUGAGUGCAGUCCCAGGCAAGUAGUGUGCUCAUUUCUAACUAUUAUUCAAACAGAAAAUGGCAAAUCACUUCUGCGAAACCUUGCAAGGAAGAGGGAAGUACAUGAAUGGGAAGAAUUGUCAUCCACCUGAUUGUAGCACGAAUGGGUUUCUCUGAAAGGCAGCUUCACAGUCGAAGAAAAAUUUGUCCUGGUCCGGAGGUUGAGACCUGGACCAAUGCAUUUCCUGGGCAGUCACCCUACCGUCUAGCCUCCUGGUUAGUUCAGAUGGCAGAGUGACUUCUCCAGGAAACUGUUGGUCCUGGGUUCGAUGCCCGGAUCAUGAUAUAUUUUGAUGCGAUUGUGCUGGAGGGUCCUGUGUCGCAGAAAAUCCGGCGUCGACGUCCAGUGUUGUGCAUUGUUUUGGCAAGAUUUUUGAACAACCCAUACCCAGACCCUCCACGUGGCGCAAGGAACUUACUGAACUAAUUGAUUUUCUCAAGCUAAAAUACGUAGAAAAAACUACGUACACACAAGCUACAGACAUGAUAGCAUCAGAUUGUAAUUUGACUAUACGAGAAAACCUAAUUCUGUUACACGAAAACUAGAAGAAGCCCCUUUUCCAGCAUUUCUACCAUUUAUAGACUGGCCACAGCGUCUGCCAUUUGCACACACUGGUGCGUGAAUAUUUUGCAGGCCAUGGAGCGGUGCGCCCGGUUCCUUGCAAUACCUCCAGAUGGCGCUCGCCUCCGCCACAUUGCAGCCCAUGCAAGAGGCCACGUGUCUACCAGAAAGCUCACCUUUGUGCAUAGCGUUCACGGCCAGUGUUUCCUGGUAAACAUUACGGUUACAUACGCUCCAGUUGCUAGGAAGCAUGAGAAGUAGCCAGGGAUCUUUGAAUGCUAUCGCAUUCCAUUCUUGAAGGUGAAGCUUAAGCAUCCUCCAUAUUUUUCUUCAACUGUGCAGCUUUCUUCCUGAGGAACCGGUAUGGGUUUUUUUUGUAGCUUCGUGCUACAAUCAAGUGGAUGACAAUUUUCCCUUUCAUACAAUUGAAACAGUGGUCCAAUUGUGUGUGCUGUUAAAAAUGGUCUAGCGUUCCUUUUAAUCCAUAGCUACUGGUUGCAAGGAGUCCACUUCAAUCAGUCGUAGAGGUAAUUCAAAGGGAGGCCUUGACUACUGUUUUGGCACUGCCCUCAUUUAUAUGCAUAUUUAAUCAAAUACAGAUGAUGGUGAGCAGCGCUUGGGGUUUUUAUUUUAAUACUUCAAAGUAACUCUUCUCUUAUUGAUUACAUUGUAUGUGUUUUCUUUAUCUUAGGAGUUCUCUGUUCGUGGAAUGCGUAUUGCGUUCUGAAAUUGCAGCUGCUUUACCAACGCUGUGGGGAAAUCCUCUUUGUGCUGAGCAGAAUGUUCGUCUCGCAGUGAUCGCUCUGUUUCCACACGCUCUGCUUUAUUGAAACAUUGCGCACUAUAAAAGCAAAGUAAGACAGAUAUGAGCUGCAUUCUCGAUGCGAUGCACAAUCAACUUCAGGUACACAUUUGGGGGCCUGUAUGUUCCAAAAAAACUAGCUGUUAGCAUUAGAUGCUGAAGCCCACAAAGAUGCACUUCGAACCAGGUCCUAUUGUUAAGACUUAAUCGGUGAUACUACUGCAUUUUUAUGAUCUCUAUUGUUAGUAGCAUACACUGAUCUCCAUAGAGUGUGGCAAGUUAGGUUUGUUGGUGGAAGAUUAUCUUGUGAUAAGGGGGUACUGCACUAUAAACACACAGACAACAGAAGUAGAAGUUGUCCGUGUGUUUAUAGUAUACACUUAUCUCAUAAACUUUCAUGUACAUUUCCUGCUAAAAUUUUUUCUAGUUUGAAAAAUUCGAGCUUCAUGGCAUUGCAUACUACGAUUACAUGCUGCAUCCAAGCCUAUUACAUUGACAAUAACAUGCUUUUUGUUACCGCUUCAUACUGUGCACUAGCGUAGUUCCAAGUCUUUGAUAGAAUAAUGCGGGACAUGCCAUAAGACAUGGUUGCACACUUGAAAGGUAGUAGAUACAACCACACGUGAAAGUAUUUGUACAAGUAACUAUUAAUACUAGCAUACUGCUAAUGGCCUACCGUAAAAUUCCGAGCUAGCGCCCCUUUCUCACUUCACUGCUAAUUUCAAGUUUCUGCGCCGUUACACGAAACCGUCCCCCUUCGUCCUCCGCUCCGCACCCUUAUCACGGACCGCACCCAGGCAACACAGUUCAUGAAAAAAAGUUCUUAAAAGUUCUUUUAAUGCGUAUUCUUGUUAGUGGCACGGCAACUCGCCACGCACCCUUUUCAAUUUGCGGAGUGUCGGCCGACAGCAGUCUUGCUGGCAAAAGGUGAGAUCUGCUGUCGCAAAGUACGGAGGAGUGGUCACAGCUACGCCCUGGAGGCAUCCUGACUGCCACUGAUCGCUCGCCACCGAUAUCAUAGCUAGGCCUUUUCUGGCUCACUUUGAAUCUGUAGCAAACGGCACUUCAGAACGAACCGCCGGCGCUCCCAAGCAGCAAUGUUUUGUUACCGUUGCUGCCACUUUACCUCUCCUUGCAAUAAAUUCACACAAAGAAGAAACAUGCUGAUAUUUGCAGUGCCGCCAGCUGCGAUGCGAGAAUGGUCAAUCCGCGGUUCACUUUCCGCCGUAGGUAGCCAUGUACUGCAGUUGAGCUUGAGUUGUAUCGAAACUCUCGUUAAUGCUAAACGUUUGACCGUGGACUUCAAGCGGAAUGCUGUGAAAUGUUGUUGCGACCAACUCAGAGGAGUCUUUGGAUGGUUUUGAGAGUGAUGGACAGCACUAACAAAUUUUUGGGCUAAUGAAACUCAUGUUAAACAAAGCUUUAAAUCCAUUCCCGCUGAAUUGUGGGAAAAUUUUCGCGUCGCCAUCUCGAAUUUUGGUACCGUUACAGGAUAGCGCCCCCUCCACACUUUGCCAGUAAUUUCAACUUGCUUGAUAGGGGGAGCUUGCUCGGAAUCUUUUGCUAAUAUUGUGUAGCCUAGUACUAGUAUGCUGAUACUUGUGUGGUUGUAGCUAGCACUAGCUUUGACCAGACAUCUUUUGCAUGUUACAUAAGGUAACUGAUUGCAAUUACAAAUACAUCAUUCCAAAGUGUGUUUGUCUUCAUUCAAAAGUAUAAUCGAUUACAUUGGCCAACUACUCACCUACGAAAGUAAUCAAGCAAUUACUAAAAUGUAAUCAUACAUUUACCUUACUUUCCUCCAAACAUUUAUGAACAUUCCACAAAUACGACACAUAAAACGACCUGACACGGCUUUUUCGAUGAAAGCUCUGCAGACAUUCACGCAUUGUUUAUUCAAUAACUUUAAAAAUUUUCAUCGGUCAUCCUGCCUCCGUAUCUUGUGAAGACCGGGGCAAUAAAAACUAGCUCGAUGUGUGCACUAGAGAGAAGGGCGGCAUUAUAACACGAAUACCUUGUGCACAAGAUUGUGGUUACUCAAUGCUACGAUGCUCGCAUCUGGGUUCUCUAUAUGCAGCGCGGCUCUUUAUUGUUGCUGGUGCUCAGACAAGGUGCUCCAAGUAGGGCCAAUGAAAAGCUGAAAAAAUUGUACUUACGUGGUUUCUUGGGAUCAGUGUCCAGAGUGGCAAUCACUGUCAAGCCAUAACAGUGCAGGAUCAAUUUGCCAGCACCUAUCCGGUGAAGUUCCUGCUGGUGCCCUUUACUCAAUGGCCAUUUAUAUAUAAAUCUAGGAAUUGUAAGCGAUGGUAGCAGAAGUUCGUGUGCCUCAAUAAAAGGGGCCAUAUCUGACCAAAGCUGUAAUGUGAUUGAUUUAGUAACUGCAUCUCAUUCAGCCCUAAAAUACUGUAUGUAUGGUACAGCUAUAAAAUUACGUGUAUGUGAAUCAUGUAUCAGAGAGGAACAUGUAUGUUUGACUGCCAGACAUUUGUGUCUGUAUCAGAGAAUGAGAAGAAAGGAAAAAAAAAGGGCUCGAUUUUUGCUAAUCACAGCCAUCUAAAGCCAACAAGCAACGAAGCCAAGGAAAGCACAAGGGCAAUUAGUGCAGUGUUACUAGAAAUGUAGAAAGCAAUGAGGAAAAGGGCAAAUGAAAGUGGACGAAAAGAUAACUUGUCACCGGUGGGAGAUCAACCCACAACAUCCAAAUUACGCAACCGUUGCCCUACCGAUUGUGCUACGGUGAUGGCCAUCAGCCCCUCCACUGUCUUGGAUACUGAUGUGUACUAGAUCUAGUGCUGGGAAUGUUGGCCACUCAUGGCCAUGGCAGGUGGAUAUGGAACAUCCUUUAUUGCCCGAUAAUGCCACGAAAUACGUAAUAACUUAAGAGAGCAGGCACAUGUCUAGUAAACCCUCAUAUGCUACCUAAUAGCAUCAAGGCUGCCAGAUGGGAGACCCUUGCCAUGAAUGACCGAGAAGAAGGGGAAAUGGAGGAAUCAUAUAAAAAAAGUCAAAGGCUGCACUAAGCGAAAAAAAAUUGAGCAGCAGCUCUUGUUACCUGUAGACACCACUUAAAAUUGCUCUCAAGAGAGCUGUGCGAAAGUGCAAGCCAGCCAUGUUCAGGUGUCUGUGGCCAAGCUGCUGGGAGUUGAUUAUGCACGUGUGAGGCGAAACUAGUUCUCUCCAAUUUCAAGUGCUUAAAGCUGCGUUACCUGAUAGAUUUCUUCAUCAGUAAAUCAACUGGUUACAUGUGAUUAGUGACUGAAAAAGUAAUUGAAUUGCAGUGCGCGUUUCAACGUAAUAGAAAUAGUCUAUCAGUUACAAAGCUGUAAAUAUGUAAUUGAUUGUAAGCAAAUAAAUACAUGUAAUUUGUUAUGUACGCUUGACUUUUACGCGUGCCGCCAUUGUUACAGCAUGUCUCGUAUAACCGGAUGCAAGAUUUAAAUAUAUCCUGAUGCACAAUAGGAGGAGGUAACAAAAAGCAUGUACUUGUCCAGUCUAUGCAGCAAGUUAAAGCAUUCUUUGCAAUCUGGCCAAUUUAUUGUUUAGCUGGUAUUAUUCUACGAGCUUCUUAAUUAGUUGAAUUUAAGUCAGACUUCUUUUAUUAGGAAGCUGUAGAACGUUCAAGGAAAUACACUACCGAGCAAUUUGAAGUUUACUGUUUAUCACUGUUUUAAAUAAAGCGCACAGAUAAAGAAAAAUGAAAGAUUAUAUGGCUUGCUUAUCGCCACAGUCUUCUCAUAUGUACAGUGCAUGAACGAGCUCAACAAUUACUGUGGUGCACUGCGACAGAGAAAAUGACCACGCAUCAAAGAAGGCACCGUGUGCAAAUUUGCUGCGAGCAAUUGCUUUCCUUUGCGCUGCAUAAAGCAGUGGGCAAGGUGAAUCAUAAUAGUGUAAAAGAAAGCCCUGUGAUGCGGGGAAAAAAAAGCUAUAUGCUGUCAUUUUUUAAAGCCCUUAGCGCUGCUCUGCGAGCCCUGCACAGUCAAGAGGCUAACCAGUUCUAAGGUGGCCACACUAACUUUUUCAAUUAGAAUCGGCUAAGUGUAGAUGUCAGCUUCAAGACUGGGUCUGCUUUUCAGUCCUUCCUUCUCAACUCUCUUAUCCCAGUCUGUGCAGACUGCAGCAAGUUGGGUUAUGUCAGCACUUCAAGCGGUCCUGCCAUUGUUUUCCUGCAGCAUGAAAUGUGUUUCUUGGUGCCCUGCAGAGAAUAGUAUUUGUACCCACUGGUGUACGCCAUUUAGUGUUUCCAACAGACGACCAGGUUGUUCAGGGAGAAAUGUUCCACCUUCUGUGUUUCUCAACAACAGUGGACUUUGACAGCUGUGAUCACCAACCAUAUAUUCUGCGCUUCUGUGGAAAAGAAUACUGAAUUUUCACAUAAAGCCAGUAAGUUUCCCUGUGUAUGCAUGUGAUGAAGGAAAGUUGCAUGAGCGGGAUUCUUCGACAGGUGAAGAACAUAACAAGUAGCAGUGAGUGAGGUCCUGACUUGGACGGUUUCAAGAAUUACUGUUCCAAGACAGAUAAAGUGUUUUAUAUUGGCAGAGCAUGUACAUUGAAAGAGGUUCUACAUGUGGGGCAAUUUCUGGCCUCAACUACCCGGCUAAACGUCUGUUGUUAACAUCACCUCCGUUGCUGUCCUUUCGUGCUUAUUGUUAUCACAGACUAUCAGGGCCACUGCUUUGCGCAAUGCAAGGAAAACCAAAGAGCGGUGCGUGCAUUGUUAUCUUCUAAUAAACAGUGCACUAGGCUAAAUGUUAAGUCUGAUUAUGCACUCAGACUUUGAAGGCACUGUCAUUACAAUGCAUUAGUGGGUAGCAUUUUUCUUAACUUUUUCAUCAUGGUCCUCAGGCAUUUAGAUGAAACCAAAACAACCAAUACACAAUCGAUGGAAGCCUAAAAGUGAUGUUUUGUAUCAUGUUCAACUUUUGCAGUGGCAAAGCUCAUUGAUUAUUAACUGAUUGCUUAAGCCUUGACAGAUUUCUUGAUUACACAGUGCAUAUAAUAGAGCCUGGCUUGCUCGAUGAGUGUCUAGCGAUAAACUUGUACUUGCGUACUUGUAUAUUGUGCCAGCAUAUAUUUAAUGGUGGCUACAGUUAUGUGAAACAGCCUGUACGCAUAGAAUAUGUCUAAAUUUAGUCUCAAUUGUUCCAAAUGUUGUUUUGGUUUAAGAAUGCAAUUGGAACCAUCAACAGAAGUGAUUGCAUCCAAGAGGUGUAAUAUGGAAGCCUAUAGCAGUAAAUUACGGGUAUUGUUGACCAAGUUGCUCUUUUGAAAUUUGCAUUUGGGACGAACACACUUGGGCAGUUGUUGAACUUCUGUGUCACUGACUAUAUUAAUUGACCAUAGUAAUUGUGCAAACAAGUGGAUGGCUUUCACAAGAGUAGCCCAAAUAAGUGGUAUGGCUUGUUUGCAAAUAGGCCGAAAUGGGUACAAGAUAAAAGCACAAAGAGAAAAGGUAAAAAGAGUUUAAAAUUUUGUCUUCAAUAGAAACUCCCUUUGUGGAUUAUACUUUUAUAUCUGUGCUUCUUUAGAAGACAGCUGCAGUUGAUUUGAAACGUCGAAAAGGGGGCUAUGACUAAAGUUAGCAUAAUCAUUGAUUGCAAUGCUACCUUUCAUUAAAUAAUUGGUAGGGGUGUGCAAAUAGAAUAGUCCUUAUCACUAGAAUGAGAAAAUUUGCUGUUCGAAAUUGACAAAUAUACUAGUUUUUGUUUGCAUAUUCAAGUGUGGAGGGAGAUAGACCGAUACAACUGCGGAUCUGUUCUGGAUCAUUUUGCUGCAGGAGAGACGUGGUUUUAUAUGGAGGCACGAGUUCUUAAGCAGCGAACGUACCGGGCGGAUAACUAUUGCGGAAUAAUUUGCAGUCAUUCAUUAAGAACACUUCUCCUUUAAACAACCCAUAUAUGAAUUUGUUGUCUCGAUUUAGACAGAGCAAUUUAUUCUUGGCCAGUUUUACUGCGUUUGCAUACUGUUUAAACCAUGUGAAGUGCUGUAGUAUCAGACUUUUUGACCGAACACAAUGCUCUGCGUGCAUCCUGUGGCAUGCUAUUUCCUUGUUUUGCUGUUGUUAUUGUCAUAGUGCUGCAGGUAUCUGAAAGCUGUUUCUCAUCUACAACCUCCUCAGUCUGCUAGGCAUUGAGUGUCGAACAGCAUUACAUGGCGUCUGUUCAAUAAGCAAAUAUUCUUUUCUUUUGCCAUACCGUCUUUAUGCAAUCCUUGCUUGUCACUUUGUUUUGAAAACACAAAAUUUUGAUUAAAUAUUUGGAAGUAUUUUUUUCUCGAAUAUUAAUUCACUUAAUUUUUGAAAUUUCACUUGUUUAGCAACCCUACCAAUUGGUGUAAUGUCAUUCUGCAGCUGUUUUCAUGUCAGGCCAGUGUUAUGGAUCUAAAAAUAAACACUUCAGGUCACAUUAACAUAUUUGUGCCUACUCUAAUGGGAACUGUCCUAGUGUGGCAAAUUUUCAUGUAUUUCAAACAAGAAUUCAGAUUUUGUACACUCCAGUAGGUGUCAGUUUUAGGGGCAUGUGAUCUGCUUGGCUGUUGGAAGUUGUCAGUGUUCUAGCAUAACUGAGGUGUUCUUCAUACUCGGGAACGGAGAAAGUAAAAUUGAUGAAGUGUUGUCCAGGGAUGUGGAUGUUCCUUAAAGGCAAACUGCAACAAACAUUUGGCUUAGUUUCAGUUAGUGUAGGUAUACGGAGUGAUCAUGUCCAAGUUUUCUGGAAUUUUUAAGAAUUGUCUGUUGCAGACAACGUAAUUCUAGUCCUUUAGUUGAAUUAUUCAGAAAGACUGGCAUUAUUUGCAUGAGAACUCAAAACACUUAUUCGACUGAUUAAAGAAAAUCACUAAUUAAGCUUUUAAUUAAUUUAUUACACGUAUUGCAAUUUAUAAAUUGUAGCGUUCGAGUUUGCAAGGCACGUCCACUUUGAAUGGAUUUCCAGAAUGACACCAGUUUGGAGAUAUGCACCAAUCAAGCUCGCCGUAAAAAUGCACUGUUCCACCAAAGUGCCCCUUUAUACAUUGAAGUACAAAAGUAACUAGAACGUCCCUUUAGUUCAUCCCACACUUAGGGAAAUAUCUCCAAACUGGUGUAAUCCUAGAACUUAAUUUUAAGUCUUGUAAAGUCAGGCUGCAAUUUGGAAAUUGCAAUAUAUGCUGUAAAGUUAUUAAGACAAUAAUUAGGGAAAUUUUUUUAAUUAGUUUAUUAUGUGUUUCAAUUUGUCAUGUUAUUAAUGUCCACCUCUUUGAGUAAUCCUGCUCAAGGACAAGAAUUAUGCUAUGUGCCACAAGAGAUUUGAAAACUGGAAAACGUUAAAAAUGGUCACCCCCGACAGCCGCCUCUUCACAAUAUCUUACAUUUGAAAUAUGAGUGGAUGCAUCACAAUAAGCUUGCACAAAGAGACAUUUUUGAUACUUGAAAUAAAAUAAAAAUAAGAACGCCGCCAUUACCACUUGCCAGAAGUGACGCAUGGCCAAGAACGGGGAGGUUGAGAGCCAGCGUGGCUCUACAACUUAACCAUUAAGAUUAGGAAGCGCCCGUGGUUGCCCGCCACGUGCUGAGAAAUCUUGGAGAUGACAUGCAUAUAUUUAUGUCAUAUCCGCUAACUGUGAGGUACAUGCGUCAUCUACUUAGGUGCCAUUUAAACGCUCCUAAUAAGAAAAUGAGGCAUUUACAAGCCCUGCAGCUUUGACAAAAUUUAUUUAUUCCUAUGUACACCCAUUUAUAACCAAAUAAACCGAAAUGAAGUUUUGUUGCAGUUUGCCUUUAAGCAGUGGUGUAGUAAAUUGAUUGUUUUUGUACAAAGGCCUUAUUGUCUGGAAAUAUUUUUGUAGAUGCUCAAGAGGUACAUCAUUUAUGUUGUAGUAGAUGUAUCACCGAUGCUCAAGUGCCUGUAAUGGAGUUGACCAUUGGUAACAUUGUAAAUAUAUGGGCCUUUUUGUAGUUUUAUAUGGCUGAAAGAAAAGCUUGUAUUCGAAGAAGUAUUACUGGCAGUAACAAUGUGUCUUGAAAGCAUAUGCUGCACAGUAAUCACAGAAGAUUCUUUGAGAAGGCAGAAGCACAUUUUUUCCCCUCAUAGGUAAUUUAUGGGGAAGUAGAGCUAGGUUGUUUCAUUUGUGCCAUGUGGUAUGUUGAUCUAUGACAGCUGUACAAAACAAAGUAUAAUUGCUGUUUGGAAGUUCAUUUUUUCGUCCUGUUACUUUAAUUGUGUAGCUAUCACUGACAAUAGUGCCAUCGUGAGAAAAUAUAUGAAAAAAGCAAAACGCACACAAGAAGCAAGAGUGUUGACGGAAGUGUGAGGGUUCUGUAAAUGUUUGACUAGGAGUAACCUGUUUUUACAGUAGCACUCGCAAAACAUUGUGUCAUAUUAUUUGUGUAGGUAAUUGUCUCCUGAUUGAAAGCACUCGAAAGCUAGCGCACAGAAUAUUUGCACAAGUCAUACCUUCCCUUGCAGGUUUUCUUAAUUGGAAUGUGAACAUACUGGAAAUAAAACAUGCAGCCUGUC